AUGUCUUCAGAAAAUGUCACCAAGGUGUUUUCCUCGCUACCAACUGUCUUUGACUUUGCGGACUGGCUGUCAACACAAGGGAGAGUGUCGUCCGACAACGAGCUCUUCAUCGAUCUUCUCCAGCGCGUACGACAUGAUGUCACCGAAGCCUCGCGGCUCUAUACAUCACAAGCUGUCGUGGAUUACCUUGAAUCAUGGCCCGACAAAAGGACCUAUAUCGACAAGGUUCUACAAGAUAUCGAAAGAGUUCUUAAUGAUAUAGGCCAGUUCGUAGAGGCCGUGCGGGUAUCCGGGGAUGACGGCAGCACGGUCAGUCUGCGGCGCAAGUUUCAGUGGGCAAUUUCGCACCAGAAGAAGCUCAGGAGCAAACAGCAAUUGCUCACGAUAUGUCACCAAAGCCUGAUGCCUGCCGUACAGCUGAUGCAGACCGUUGAGAUGAAUGCGACAUUCGAUCCCAUCCACGAGCUGCCGGAUCGGCCUUGGGUUGGAGACACCGUCAGCGGUUUUCUCAAAAGUCCUCGUUCCAGACAGAAAUCAAAGUUCGCCCAGAGGAAUUCGUCUGUGCCCAGCAUCACACUUUCAGAGCCAGACCUGAAGGAUGACAAGUUUGCACACCCGUACCAGCAUAUACUUGCCGAGCUUCCAGGAAGCACUCCAGAUGAUCUUCAUCGUCAAUCUCUGGAUUUAUACGCGGGUUCUCGAAAGUCACGAAGCAAUUCCAUGGAAGAAGUGCUCCAAGCAUCCGCGAGACAGAGCAACAUGCGUUCUACCCUUGAAAGUGAUGUGGUCGAAGAAAGUCGUAGACCGAUGACAGCAGAUGCAGACGUUGCUGCAGCUCCUCGACGAUCUCCCCCAAAAUCCCCGUCGACUCGCAGAUCUGUUGACCAGGUCCGGCCUUCGCUCUCCUUCUUCGAUAACAGAGCUCGCGCAUCUUUCGAUUCAGCUCGACCUCGAGCGUACUCAGAGCAGAUGCGACCUCAGCGAUCCUUCGAGAUGAGGAGCCGCCUAUCAUACGAUCAAGUGCGACCUCUGCCCACUGUGACCGAGCGGCCCAUUGAGCGCUUCAACUCGACCGCAUCCGUUGCUGUCGGCGACGCUAUCAGCAUACCACUCAUGCAUAUGAGAUAUCAGACGAGACACAUUAAUGUUCGCAAGCCGCCUGUCAAACAAAAUUCACUGCCGUCCACGCUGCCCUCCUUUCCAAGCCAGACGUCGUUGAUGGAUGAUCUCAACAUCGGUCACAUCAUCACCGACCGUCCCAAACUCACCUACCAGCUGUCCAACAAUGCCACUGGACGCCUCAGGAUGCAGCAUGGAGAAAACAUCAACCGACCCUUCGCUGAUUCUCAGAUCCAUCCCAGUUCUACCUUCGAGGCCAGCGCCAGCGCCACCAUCAUUGAACCUACCCCCAUCUAUAAACCCAAAGAUACCAUUUUCACAGAAAUCCGAGCCAGAUGCGAUACCACACCUUGUACAGAAUCAGAGUUCUCAGAGAUCUAUACCAGCGAUGUCUUCAUCACCAUCUUCGGAAACAGAUUUAAUACCAUACUCAAAGGCGAACGAGAGUCUGCAAAGAGCACCCAGUGA